AUGUCGGCUCAGAACAAGACCUCAGAAGAGCCGACUGGCAUCCUUCCACUCGAGACCUUGAACCUCCGGGCAGUGGCACUUACAACGCACAACCUGGCCUGGUCGCCUGAUGCCGAGCUGGCCGUUGCCUCGGAUGAUUCUAUAUAUUUAUACCUUCCCGAAUAUCCAUCGCAGGGCACCAGGACCAAAUCCACUUCGCUUGCCGACCUGGACACAAGACGACAGUACUAUGAGGUCGCGCUGCGCUUUCCCGCAGUGGAACGGCGCGUCCCCGAGCUGAAUCGACCACUAUUCGAGCGGCUCAAGCAGCCGUUUCCGGAAUUCGACUUUACAUGGGAGGCCGGGCAGAGCAUAGUCGCUAAUCUCGGCAGCUCUCUGAACCAUGUGGUCGCUCUCGAAUGGUCCCCCAACGGUCUGGGACGGAUGAGAAGAUCGGUGCUCGCCGUGCUCACGGGAAGCGGCGCGCUGACUGUCUACUGCGAGGGUAUAGUUGCCGACGACGCCGGAGGUAUCAAGAUCAAAGGUCGCAAUAUCCGCGCCAUUAGCUCCUGGGUGGUGCCCUGGGGCGUCGGCGGCAAUCUCCUCCUGCCUAGAGCCAAGUACCACGAUUCGCCCUACUCGUUGGAGCACAUCACAUCGUUUUCAUGGGCUAGGGACCUCGAGAAGAAUGGCUCCUUGUUGGCCUACAUGAAUGACGAGGACGAGAUUGUGAUUCUUUCGGUUCAGUCUCGGCACACGAUUGUGGGCGAAGAGAAUGAUCCGGGCGAAUGGCGGGUUGAGGAGCUGGCUCGGUUUGCUGGUGGCGGACCGCACGAGAAGAGCGAUCCAUGCGAUCCAGAUUCUAUGCCUUCUGGUUCGUCCUUCGCUCUACGCUGGAGUCCAUGGCUGCAGCGCUCUGGCAGCAGAUCGGCAAUCCUCUCAUACGUGACCAGAAAUUAUGUCGGAUUCCGCCAAAUCACCAUCAAGGGAACAUGGAGGGACUUUAAGACCCCAGAGGUUGAAGUACAGCCAUAUGACAUUAGUGGUACAUGUCUGCACCUCGGCCCCGACGCAUUCAUCACAUGGGAAGACUUGAUAUGGACAAAAGGCCAGUCAAAAGAGUGCCGUGGAAUUAUUGCAACACCAUUCACGACACAGUCAUUCAAUGUCACAUUUGACAGCACCAUCGACCCCGCGACGACUGCCAAACACUCAAUUUCUGAGUGCGGUACCGCAUAUCCAUCACAUGGACAUGCCAGCAACCACUCGAAUCCAAUCACUGGCCUCGUUGUGCAUGCUCCAGAUAUCUCCAAGUCAACAGAUAUCCCCUAUUUCUCUCUGAGCCGACUCUCGGCAACCAACACAAAUAACGAUUGGUAUCAGACAAACCUGCCUCUGCCUGCGGAUCCCGACAAGGCUCCAUCAAAACCUGCGUGGGUGACUGAGAUCUCUGAUUUGCUUGAAGUAACAGAGCCCCUUUCGAUGGCGUAUCGAUAUUACAAUCCCGAUGGGGCAACAAAAUCAGAAUCUGAUGCUGGUGGCAGCGAAAACGAGGAUGAUAACAGCAUGCUAGACGAUGACGAAGAUGACGAGUUUGAAGACUUCGACUCGGAUGAAGAAAAUGGUAAGGCCACUUUCGUCGACGAGCUUAACGACCCGUUCGAGGGAAUGGAGAGGAUCAACCCAAACCGGCUGCGUAUCUGGGGAAUGGCUGCUAGCCCCGGCAGUGGCGUCGUAGCCGUCUUCACCACCCUAUAUAGUACCAUCAAGCCGGAGCGCUACACAUUUGCCGGCCUGCGAUGCAGAAUCAUGUUUGGUAAAAGCCUGGCGCCCGUCGAUCCGGCAUUCUUCUCGACGAGAAAAUUGUCCACGGAAGCCCGGGCUUUCGAAUGGAUGUAUGGAGAUGCUCCACAGGUUCCCGGCGUCGGACUGCUCAAUGGUACCUCGGCAGAGACGACCUCGAAACAGCAAGCUCUCAAGGGAGCCUUCAAGCAUGUUGCGGAAAAGGUAAAGUGUGCCCUGUGUGGUGCAAAGCUCGAAAUACAAGCUGGAACAUCACGGUGUCCAAAAGGUCAUGUCUUUGCAAAUUGUGCGGCAACGGGCAUCCCCGUCCUGGCGCCAGGAAUUUCUAAUAAUUGCGGCGUCUGCGGCUCCAAAUGUCUCAAGCCUAAUGAGCUCCCAGACGACAUUGGCGACGCUGCAACUGCUGCUGCAAAGCAGAUUUCAGCCGAGACGUGCGGAGGGUGUGGCGGCAAAUUCUUGAAUCACUGA